AUGAGUGGCAAGAUGAUGAUUUACAAGCUCGUCGUGUUGGGAGAUGGUGGUGUGGGCAAGACCGCAUUGACCAUCCAGCUCUGUCUCAAUCACUUUGUCGAGACGUACGAUCCAACAAUCGAGGACUCGUAUCGCAAGCAGACCGUGAUCGACGACCAGCCAUGCAUGCUCGAGGUCCUCGACACCGCAGGACAAGAGGAGUACACCGCGCUCAGAGAUCAGUGGAUCCGCGAAGGCGAGGGCUUCCUCCUCGUCUACUCCAUCUCGGCGAGAGCCACGUUUGAGCGCGUCGAGCGCUUCCGCAGCCAGAUCUCGCGCGUCAAGGACCAGGAGCCACAUACGGUGCCCAUCAUGCUCGUCGGCAACAAGUGCGACAAGGUCAACGAGAGGGAGGUAUCCAGGGAAGAGGGGCAGGCGCUCGCGCAACGCCUCGGCUGCAAAUUCAUCGAGUCGAGCGCAAAGACGUGCGUCAACGUCGAGCGCGCCUACUACACUGUCGUGCGCAUGAUCCGCGAACAGCGCGAGGGCACCACACCACACAAGAAGGAGAAAAAGAAAUCGCGUUGCAACAUCCUCUGA